UAUUAAAGUGCGAUUUAGUGGCUGGGAUUACGCCCACUGGCUGUGUUCCUCAUUCAAGUCUCCGGAAACUUACAGCACGCGUUAGACGGUACUUGGAGGCCAUGUCUCACCCAGACUCCUUCAUCCAGCGUCAGCAGCUUGACGCCUCCAUGGCUGACACCUUCCUGGAGCAUCUCUGCUUGCUGGACAUUGACCAGGAGCCAAUCACCGCCCGCAACACAAGCAUCAUCUGCACCAUUGGUCCAGCUUCCCAAUCUGUGCCGAACCUCCAGGAGAUGGUGAAGGCUGGGAUGAACAUUGCGAGGCUCAACUUCUCGCAUGGCUCUCAUGAGUACCAUAGAUUAACAAUCAAGAACAUCAGGGAAGCUAUGGAGACCCUGACCUCGGACCCUCUGUACUACCGUCCUGUUGCCAUCGCACUUGACACCAAAGGUCCAGAGAUACGUACCGGGCUCGUUAGAGGGCGACCGGAUGAUGAGGUGGAGCUGAAGAAGGGGGAACUGGUGCGAGUGGUGACAGCGGAGGCCGACAGGGACAAGACAGACGGGAAGAUCAUUUGGGUCGAUUACCCUGGUCUGCCCCGUGUCGUCAAGAAGGGUGGAAGGAUCUUUAUUGAUGACGGACUCAUUGGGCUGAAAAUUCUGGAGAUAGGGUCGGACUGGGCACAGGCGCAGGUGGAGAGCGGAGGUGUGCUCUGUAGCAGAAAGGGGGUGAACCUUCCCGGGGCGGAGAUGGUGGACCUGCCGGCAGUGGGCCUGCAGGAUGAGGCCGACCUGCGCUUUGGGGUGGCGCAGGGAAUCGACAUGGUGUUUGCCAGCUUUGUCCGCUGCGCGGAGGAUGUGCGGGCUGUGAGACGGGCCCUCGGCGAACAGGGCCAAGACAUCAAGGUAGUCAGCAAGGUGGAGAGUCGGCAGGGCGUCCGCAACUUUGACGAGAUCCUUGCAGAAAGCGACGGCGUGAUGGUGGCUCGUGGAGACCUGGGCAUAGAGAUCCCUGCUGAGAAGGUCUUCAUUGCCCAGAAGAUGAUGAUUGGCCGGUGCAACUCGAUGGGGAAGCCUGUCAUCUGUGCGACUCAGAUGCUGGAGAGCAUGGUGCAUCACCCCCGUCCAACCCGGGCAGAGGGCAGCGACGUGGCCAAUGCCGUGCUGGAUGGGGCAGACUGCUUAAUGCUGUCAGCGGAGACCGCCAAAGGACGCCACCCAGUGGAAGCUGUGGCAAUGAUGCACUCGAUCUGUCGGGAGGCGGAGGCUGCCAUCUUCCACCAGCAGCUUUUUGAGGAGCUCCGCCGCCUGACGCCGCUCAGCUCUGACCCUACAGAAGUGAUAGCUAUUGGGGCCGUCGAGUCCUCCUUCAAGUGCUGCGCUGGUGCUAUUGUUGUGCUCACCACCAGCGGCAGGUCUGCGCAGCUGCUGUCCCGGUACCGCCCCCGCUGCCCCAUCAUUGCUGUGACACGCAGUGAGAGGGUGGCCCGGCAGUCCCAGCUCCUCCGGGGGGUCUUCCCUGCCCUGUUCCUGGCUACACUGGCCCCAGUCUGGGAUGAUGACGUCGACAGCAGGGUGACGUUUGGCAUCGAUAUAGGAAAAGCCCGUGGAUUCUUCAAGCCGGGCGACAUGGUCAUUGUGGUGACGGGUUGGAGCCCGGGAUCCGGCCACACCAACAUCAUGAGGGCCAUCACUGUUCCCUAAAUACAGCUGGGUCCUGUCCAGCUGAUCAGCCGAUAAGAGGCUCGAAUAAGCAGGGAAUCCUGGACUGCCUGGCAGACCAUAAACAUAACCUGAUUGACAUCGACUUUAAUGUGCUGUCUGACGGGAACCCAGGACACUGAUUCACAUCAAUAAACAUGGCGAGUGAAACGAGUGACUGAUACUGAUACACUAGCUGUCCCUUGUCAUUAAAGCUUUUAAUACUUAA